GUUUUCAUUUCAUAUUGUUCUCAAAGCGACGGACAUGGCGAAUCUUCAAACCAAUCUCAUUCAUUCAUUCAUUUGUUUGUGGAAAUUAUUAGUAUCUUCAGUCCUGUUUUAACUAGCAACCAUUGUUCUUCUACCAUCUAUCUUUGGCAUUCGUUGUUUUUCUGUAUCUUUCAUCAGUUCCUGUAGCUUUAAUUUUUCAAUCUAACCAACUUUUCCAUCCAUCGAUCUAGCCUGCAAAGAUAUUCUAUAUUUAAAACUGUACACCCUUGGAAGAAAAAGAAAAUUGUAAGAUGGGUGCUUAUGCAGCAGCACUACACCUCAAGAACCUGUUGCGUGAGGAAUUACUAACUUUUCUGGCAGAAGUUGUUGUCGCAGAAAAGGGAGUGAUUGCGAAGUUGCUUGAGUUUGUCAAUGAUUUGAAAGAUGAAUUUGGGAGUUUAAAAGAUGUUUCUGCUUCUUAUCUCCCAAUUGUCAAGCGACGUCUUCAAAAGGUACUUUGCAAAACGCCUUUCGAUGAAAAAUAUACCAAUUAUGUCAAGGAUGGCAGAUCAGAGAGCAUCAUGCAUGAUCUUGAUGCCAUCCAAUUCACACUGGGUGAACUCAUGCGUGAAAUUGAUGGCGGCGUUAUUAAUUAUCCGCCUAACAUCUUAUCUAUAAAAUGUGAGUUUGUAAAAGUUCUGCUUUCUGCUGUUCAAGAAGUUAAAGAGCCAGUUACCUUGGUCUUACAAGCAGAAAAAGCAGCCACUUCACUUUGUGAUAGAGUAACUGAAGAUCUGCUAUCGAAAAUCACAAGUCCUGAUAAUGAUGAAGUGGUUAACUGCAUAAAAAUUGCUGCUGACACAGCUGCUGACACUGUUGAAGAUUUCUUAACAAACACUCCUUUUUUGUUGGGGACAAACCAUAUUCUACAAGUUAAGAAUGCUUGUGAUUUGUUGAAUGACAUUGACCAAAUGCUGUUUCACUCAUCAGAAGAGGCAUCUUUCAGUAUUGAGAGAUCUAUGAAGGAUGGUGUGCUAAAAGACAUGGACCACUUGCCGUUGCAGAAUGCUUCACAUAGGGCAUAUUGCACCCGGGAGAGAAAUAUGGGGGAUGGCAUGUUGAAAUACAUUGUGGGGUUGCUAUCAAAGACAUUGCAGAAGAGAGCUUCCCUUCAGAGAGAGAUCUAUGAUGAUUCCACUAAGUUGCCAUUAAGUCAUGAUUUGCCGCUCCCAAAUUCGCAUCCCACUAAUAUACGCUGUGAAAAGGAAGUGGAAGAGGGUGCAGGACAUUUAGCUUUCCACUUGAGCACCAAACUAGAAACUUCAUCAGAACAAGAGGAAAUUGUGGUUGGUAUUGAUGACUACAUUUCAGCAAAUCAUUGAUGUUCUUACGAGUCCAGUAUCUAAACUGACAACUGCGGAAGUUGUGGGGAUGGGCAUUGGUAAAACAACUCUUGCCCGAAAAGUUUUCCAACUUUGUUGUAAGUUCCGUCUAUUUGAUCGCAUUGCUUGGGUGAAUUAUACAUCUAAUAUAGACCAAGUGUUGUCCUGUCUUUUGCACUGCAUGAAUCUGCCUAAUGAUAAAAUUCAAGGACUAACCAGACAAGAUAAAGGAGAAAACUUGCGGAAAAGUUUGAAGAUGAGAAAGUACUUCAUGGUUUUUGAUGGUUUAUGGGAUUUGGACUCCUGGAAAGAUAUUCUGAAUUUUCUUCCAGAAGAUGAAGUUGGAAGCCGAAUACUAAUAACUAGUCGUGAAAUGAUGCAAUUUCCCACCAUUGAAGGUACGAUUGUUUCAGAUUUUCCACAUCAUAAAUAUUUUCCUAUGAGCAUUCUAAAUGAAAAUCAAAGCUGGGAAUUACUGGAAAAAAAGUUAUUUGGAAACAAAAGUUGCCCCGCUGAUAUGGUGGAAGUGGGAAAGCAAAUUGCUAGACAAUGUGGAGGACUACCAUUAGCAAUUGUUCUUAUAGCUGGCACUCUGUUCAACCUUCCAUAUCCAGAGUCUUACAAAUCCUGGUUGAGUGUCAAGGAUGACAUAACUUCAAUUGUAUUUGCGAACCCAGGGUCGUGUCUGGACAUAAUUGGUUUAAGUUACAAUUACUUGCCCCCUCAACUGAAAGCCUGUUUACUUCUAAUGGCUGGGGCUUUUCCUGCUAAAUGUGAGAUUGAUGUAGAAAAGCUUAGCAAUUUGUGGAGGGCUGAGGGUUUCUUGGAUGCUGUUCAUGACGAGCCAGAGAUCAUCUUAAAAGAACUUAUACGUAGGAGUUUAGUUUCAAUUGGCAGAAAAAGUUUCGAGGGAAAAAUCAAAACAUGUAUGCUUCAUGAUCUUGUGCAACAGUUGUGCUUGAGAGAAGCUCAAAAGGAAAACUUCAUGCAUUCUGUAGAUGGAAAUGCAAAUGGUAACGGAAUUGCCCAAGGUUUAGAGAAGCAACGUCAUCUCAUUUUCAACAUUGAAGAUUGUGAUGGUUGUCAAAUAUUGCCUCCACUUCCUCAUCUCCGAUCUUUUAUAUGGCUUGCACUUGGUUCUGAUUUUACUCCAGGUAUGGUAGGUCUCAUACUAUCAGGUUUUAAAUGGUUAAGAGUGUUGGACAUAUAUUUCUUGCCUUUUGAUACCUUUCCUGGACAAAUACUUAACUUGGUCAAUUUAAGAUAUCUAGCACUCAAUGUGAGAUAUAAGCUUGACAAGUCAGUGUCUCAGCUUCACAAACUUGAGAUCUUGCUUGUGUAUGGUCCCUGGAGCCAUAAUCAGAAUGAAGGAACCCCAGCUAUAUUUUUGGAUCUUUCAAAAAUGCGAUGCUUGUCGCAUGUUAGCAUUUGGGUGCCAAGUAUUUUAAAAAGUUAUAAGAUUCCGGAUUCUUUUAGACAUCUUAACCUUACGGCUUUUUCCAAAGUAACAUUUCACAGCUCAUGGCUGCUGUUCGGGUGCUCACCAAAUCUUAAGAAACUCGGAGUUUUUGAAACCAAAGAAGAUUACCAGACUGGUAAAGUGUUGAGAUGCUUCUCGGACAGGGGGUUUCAAAGAUUGAAUCAACUAGAUUCACUGAAGUGUUCUUUCUACAAAGGGAAGGCGGAAGCAAGAAGUUUAGAUUUGAGUGCUUUACCAGCCACUCUCAAAAAGUUGACAUUGACAGGGAGUUGUUUAUCUUGGGACCAAAUGAAGCUUCUUGCGGGGUUACCCAAUCUGGAGACUUUAAAGCUGAAAAAUGAGGCUUUUAUAGGGCCAGAGUGGGUGCAAACUGAUGAGGUAUUUCCUCGUCUGAAGCAAUUACUGAUUGACAAUGCAGGUCUAAUGGUGUGGCAAACUGGAAAUGAUGAUGAGCACUUCCCCAGUCUUGAGCGGCUAGUUCUGAAGUACUGCAGGUUUCGUCAGGAGAUCCCUUUGGGCAGUGGGCAAUUCAGUAGUCUUGGGUCAAUUGAGCUGCACCAUUGUUGUGAAUCAGUUGAGAAAUCAGCCCGAGAAUACGAGGAAUAUUAUGGCAGCCCUAGUAUCGUUUGUUCGAAGUAGCAUUCUUGAUAGCUAUCUUCCUUGAUUCGCUGUCUAUGCCUUUAUGUAAUGAACUAAUAAAAUUAUUUUCGACAGUUAUUCAAUCGGCUCCAAUGAUAAAGGUUUUAUUAUGUUUGUUCCUUCUCUUUUUAGCAGCAAAUAGAAGACAAAAGACGUAGGCUCUGAUUGGUUGCAAGAAAUCGGAAUUGUGAUAGAAUUUAUUUUAUUAUUAUUAUUAUUUUUUUUAAAGGUAGUAUGUGUUGAUGA